AUGGUGAAAGACCCUCAGAGACCCGCACCCAAGGACACAAACACGGACCACUGGAUGCAAGACGCAAGAGGGUUUUAUUCAGGCAUGCCCGGGCUCCCAGGUACACAUGACCUCGAGAUCCGCAAGGUUCGGAAUACUUUGGACAUGGCCAAUGUGUCUACUGUGUCUGAAUUUGUUUUGCUUGGUCUCUCUAAUUCUUCGGCAAAAUCUAUGUUUUUCUUUAUGGUGUUUUUAUUGUUUUAUGUGACAACAGUGGUAGGUAACAGCCUCAUAGUCAUCACAAUUGCUGCUGACUCCCAACUGCAUUCUCCUAUGUAUUUCUUGCUUACCAAUCUUUCUAUUAUUGAUAUGUCCCUCGCUUCCUUUGCCACUCCCAAAAUGAUUACAGAUUACCUUACUGGUCACAAAACUAUCUCUUUUAAUGGUUGUAUCACACAGUUUUUUUUGCAUCUUUUCAUUGGUACUGAGAUUGUUUUACGAAUGGCUAUGUGUUUUGAUAGAUAUAUAGCAAUCUGUAAGCCCCUGCAUUAUGCUUCAAUCAUUAGUCCCCAGGUAUGUAUUGCCCUUGGGGUAGCUUCGUGGGUGGUGGGAAUCAUGCAUUCAAUGAGUCAGGUUAUAUUUGGCCUCACAUUACCAUUCUGUGGCCCUAACAAGGUAGACAGCUUUUUCUGUGAUCUUCCUGUGGUGUUCCAGCUGGCUUGUGUGGAUAUUUACAUUCUGGGCCUGUUCAUGAUCUCAACAGGUGGAAUUAUUGCUUUGUCCUGUUUUAUUCUUUUAUUUACUUCAUAUGUGUUUGUCCUCAUUACAAUCAAGAAUCAUUUCUCCAGAGGGUCUUCUAAAGCCCUUUCAACCUGUACAGCUCAUUUCAUUGUUGUCUUCAUGUCCUUUGGGCCAUGCAUUCUCAUCUAUAUGUGGCCACAAAGCAGAUUCGAGACAGAGAAGAGUUUGUCUGUAUUUUACACCAUCUUUACACCUGUUCUGAACCCAGCUAUCUAUACGUUGCGAUAUCAAGACGUAAAAACAGCCAUGAGGAGGCUCAAAAAGAGGUUUCUAAAUUCCAAGAAGAUUGCUCCUUCUCAGGCUUUUCAGGCUUAUAGAUAUAUGUGCAUUCGUUUAACCUGA